CAAAACGCCAUCGGCAGAUUUUAAAAAAUGGUAACUGGAUACGGGAGAUUGGAUUUCGGACGUUACGAUGUGACACUGCAAUUUCAUGUUUUAUUUCAAAAAUAUAAGUUUUAUUAAUUAUUUUGAGUUGUUUGAGUUCGCCCGCCCCACAGUUUUGGUGUCAGAUGUGGGAACGGCUCAAAAUUAAGUAGAAGACGGAAUACGACGCAAAGAUGAUGAGUUGAAGACGUGACCUUGACGAAGACGCUACCAGAAAACGAAGGAUUUUCCUAUUGAAGACAAUAUACGACGACUACAACGACGAUUACGAACGACGAACGACGACGACGAUGUCACCAAGAAAAAACCGACUACGACAAGACGACGAUGACCUCGCGGCAAAUAUGUGGCAUGGCGCCGGCAACGGUAUGUUACAUCUCACCGAAGGCCUCAUACCUAAGUUUACCGGUCAGGACAAGACCUACCCAGCGGCUAGGUGGGUCCAGGACGUUGAAGACAGUACGGAGCUCUGUGGUUGGACCCCAUUACAGCAGUUGCUGAUGGCAAGACGUUCGUUGGCGGGAACGGCAUUGCUAUGGUUCCGGGCGGAGCGAAUAUACAAGACUUGGGAUGAAUUUAAAGCUGCAGUUCUUAAGGAGUUUCCAGACAAUAUUGAUACUAAGACGAUACACGAGUUGAUGAGCUCCAGGUGUAAGAAACCGAGCGAGUCCUGCCUGGAAUACAUGUUCACAAUGAAAGAAUUGGGAAAACGCGGCAAGAUGCCCGACUACGUAGCAAUAAAGUACAUCGUGGAGGGAAUAAAAGAUCAAGAAGUUAAUAAAAUCAUGUUGUACGGCGUGAGUACCUACAGUGAGUUAAAAGAGAAGAUUAAAAUAUACGAACAACUAAAAGAAAAUAUGUCUGGUUCGAGCAAAGAAAAAGAAGCUAAGUCGAGGCACGUAGAUCACGAGAAGUCAAACAGGCGCCUGGCGUUUACAAGAUGUUUUAGCUGUGGAGAAAUGAGUCAUUCAUCGGCUGAGUGUCCGCAUAAAGACAAGGGUUUAAAAUGUUUCUGGUGCAACUCUUUUGGGCAUAUUUCAUCACAGUGCAAAACGCCACCAGCUACAACUUCACGCGGCAAGGACGACGGAAACGCAGCGGCGAGUAGCAGUGAAGUUGGCAACACGAAAAAACUUCACUCGAGUAACGCCGGUGGCGCCGCCAGCGGUGGGAAAAAGAGUUUCAUGUGUCACGCGAAUGUCACGAACUUCACUUCGGACGGCGGCAAUGACGUAAGCUGCGCCGACACUCGUACUGCAAUGACGAAUAAUAAUUAUCAGUGUUUGACAACUGUUAUGACGACUGCGAGACCAAACAUGAUUAAUAACAAGCCGUUGAAGCAAAUCUCCGUGUGCGGAAAGAACGAAAUCGCGUUGAUUGAUUCCGGUAGUGACGUAAAUCUUCUGACGAUCGAGUGCUACAGUGAAUUAAGUGCGCGGGAGCUUGUAGAAUGCGAUCCCGAUGAUAACAUAACUGGACUUGGCGGUGGUGUGAAAUGUUAUGGACAAGUUAAGUUAAAGUUGUUAAUUGACGGAUAUUGGUACAACGACAUGAAGUUUUUUGUUAUUAGCAAAGAUAAUAUACCAGUUCAUUUGUUUAGAAUGAUUAUCGGGCAAGAAUUACUGAAACAUUGUACGACAGUGUUGGAAGACGGCUUUGUUUUGAUUAUACCGCGUAUUCGCUGGGUGUAUACCAUACGUGUGGAUGACCCUUCUGUUAUAGGUAACGAGGUAAGCCCCGCGAUACGGGAAAAGGUGAACAACAUGGUACAGUCGUAUGUUCCAAGGAAGACGAAAGAGGCUCCGAUCAAGCUCAGGAUCGUGCUCAAGGACGACAUCCCUGUGGCUCAGCGGCCGAGGAGGUUGGCCCCAAGGGAGCAGCAGGAGGUAGACCAGCAGGUAGCUAAGUGGCUUGAAGACGGCAUAGUACAGAAAAUGAAGACGACGCUGUGAUCAGGCUGGCAGAAGUAUUGGAGGUGGCAGCUGAGUAUGGGCUGGACAUAAAUUGGAAGAAGUCACAACUGGUCCAAAGACAAGUCGAGUACCUGGGCCAUGUUAUCAAAGACGGACA